AUGAUGCUGUUAAAACAUCAAGUUGGCGAUUUCCUAGCGCAUCGUUUUGAAGAACUGGCAGUUAAAGACUAUUUCGUUGUACCAGGAGAUUACAAUCUCGACCUCGUGGACCAACUGCUCAGGAAUCCUAAUCUGCGUAUGAUAAACUGCUGCAACGAGCUGAAUGCUGGCUAUGCGGCGGAUGGGUAUGCCCGGGUGAGCAAAAGCAAUAUUGCGGUAGUGGUGGUCACAUACAUGGUUGGAAGUCUUUCGGUACUGAAUGCAAUCGCCGGGGCAUAUUCCGAAAAGCUCAAAGUAAUAGUGGUCUGUGGAGGGCCAAUGUCCCGUCAUUGCUCGAGUGAUCCUGCUGUUCACCACUCCCUAGGGAUACCCGACAAGGACCAAUCCAGAAAGAUCUUUGAGCAAGUGACUUGUGCUUCUAUCCGCCUUGAUCAGCAGAACACUCCAGACGACAUCGACCAUGUCUUGCAGGAAUGUUUGGCGAAGUCCCUUCCUGUUUACAUGGAGUUUCCAGUUGACCUUGUCAAUAAAGUAUUCUUUGAUCCGACUGCCAUGAAGCCCUUAGUCAGACCGUCCACCUCGGGUCAGCUAGGCAAUACUGAUGAAGCUUUGAGAUAUGUGUGGCAAGCGUGGGUAUCUGCACGCAUGCCAGUACUCCUUGUGGGAGGAAGGGCCCGGCACUUUCUGUCCGUCAAGGUCAUUGAGCGCUUUAUGAGCGCCAUAGGAUGCGUCGCCUUCUACCUACUGGAUGGAAAGUCUCAGUUAUCCGAGGCUCAUCCGCAGUGCGGAGGACUCUUCUGGUCCGUUGUCUCCGAUCCAGGUGUGGAGGUGACCGUGCGGGAAUCGGACCUAUGGAUCACGGUCGGGUGUCGCUGGAACGAUCUCCAUACUCUUCGGUCCUUAGACGUCUCGAAAGAAAGAAGUAGGAUCCUUGCAAUUGAGGAAUCGUCCAUUCGAACACCUGAUGGACAUACCAUAAACAAUAUUCCUACCAAAGCGGUAAUACAGGCUUUGAUUGAAAGAGGCCUUCCACCCAACGACACAUCUCUGAAGGCUUUCUUGCAGUAUCAAGACCAAGACUUGCACAGUAAUCAGAAAUACUCACCACCAGGCCAGAAUGCUGAGUCAAAUGUCACACUGGACAACAUCGUUGAUAGAAUCUCAUCUGUGAUCAGCCGCAAUGACACCAUAGUAGCCGACGCAGGUGAGAGUUGGUUUGCUGCCAGCCGCGUUCGCUUGCCUCCUGGAGCUGACCUCCAGACCCAACUACUAUAUUCUUCCACCGGAUGGUCAUUACCAGCCUCAAUGGGCUGUCAGCUUGCACGUCCGGAUGGCAGAACUAUUGUGAUUUUAGGAGAUGGCAGCUUCCAAAUGACUUGUCAGGAGCUGAGUACGAUGCUCCGUUAUGAGGUCAAUGCAAUCGUUGUUAUAAUCAACAAUCAUGGUUACCAGAUAGAGGAAAUGAUCCAUAAGGGUCCGUACAAUCAGAUUGGGAGCUGGAAUUACGCUGGACUUGCGGCCGCGAUUUGGCAUGAGACAGGAACUGGAAAGUCACUCCUGGGGAAACACAGUGUUUUCUCGGCCAAGAUACAAACCAUUAAACAGCUUGAUGCUGCAUUUCUUCAUGCCAGUCUAUAUCCUCGAGUACUGGCAGUGUUGGAAUGCUGCAUUGAUCCUGCAAAGCCUAGCAGUACUGUUCAAAUAUUUGGGUCUAAGCUUGUCCAUAGUGACAUAAUCCCUUGCCCAGCGACUCCGCAGUGA